UUAAAAAUGUGAGAAAUAUACAACUAAUUCAUUAAAAAUGUAUGUAUACAAUUAUGAAAACAAUAUAGAAAUUUGAAUAAAAUAUAUGGAUAAAAUAAGGUUUAAUAAUAUAUGGAUAUUUCAAAUAUAAAUUUGUCAUCAACAACAUCUUCGAACAAGACAAGGGCAAAUCAAGGAUUUAGAAAAUUGUGGUCAUGUGCAUGUCACAUAGGUUGCCAUAAUUCUUAUUCCUAGGUGGUUUUGUCAUUUUUUCAGAAUGAAACCUCAAAUUCCGCCACACACUCUAAUUCCCAAAAAAAAUAUAGAUUUUUUAUCCCUAGAUUUUGGGUCUAAUUUUUAUUUGACUUCUAGGUUUCAAAAUGUGAACUUUGUUUCAACUUAAUCCUAGUUCAAAAUGUUACAAUUUUACCUUGAGAUUUGAGUUUUCUUUCAAUUUGAUCUCUAGCUUUCAAGACUUAUGCUUUUAACCUCAAACUUUCACUUAAUACUAAUUUUCUAUCUUUAAUUUUAAUGUCUAUUAAUGAAUUUAAAAGAAUUAUAGUUAAUUAAGUUUCACUAUUUUUCAUCAUGAUUUUAAAUUUUCAUUUCAAAAUUAUUUUAAAUUAAUUCAUAAACAAUAGCGACAAUGACUAAAAGUGAGUAUAUAGUGAAAAAUUAAAAGUUAAAAGCAUAAGUUUUGAAGCCCAGAAUCCAAAUUGAAACAAAACUCAAAAAUCAAAUGUAAAAUUAUAGUAUUUUGGAAUUUAGAGACUAAAUUGGAAUCAAGCUCAAGACUAAAGAACUAAAAGUGUAAUAUUUUGAAACUUAAGAAUCUAAUGGAAACCUAAGAUCUUAGGACCAAAAAUAUAUUUUAAAUCUUUUACUUGUAAUCAUUACAAGAGGGGGGGAAAAGGAUUAUUAAGGUAUAUCAUAGAUUCAUAGUUCAAGCAAAGGAAAAGUAUCCAACAAAAUUCCAACAGUUUCCUUGUCCUCUUCAUAAAUGGCAAAGAUCAAAACCUUUAAUUAAGUAAAGGCUUUUAUCGCCGUUAGAUUGACCGUGUGUUUGUUGAUGAAUGGUAAAAUCCAAAGCCACGUAAUAAACAAACAACCCAAGGUUGUGGUUGUAGGCUACCGACAAGACGCAGCUCAAUGAUGGAGGCAACAAAAAACAGAACAAAAUCCCUAUUAUCCUUCUACUUCCGCCUCUGUCUAACAAAACUAUGGGUGAAAGAUUCUUGCCAAAUACCGGCUAAGUAUGCAAUUUUUCUUCCAAAAGUACAACAAAUACAUACCUAGACCGAAUAUAUACUUUAUCUAUCUAUACUUGUGUUCCGUGAAGUGUGUAUCUAUAUACAUUAUUUUAAUUCAAGUGUUCAACAUAGCUUGACCUUUAUCUAUCUAUACUCACGUUCCAUGAAGUGUAUAUCUAUAUACAUUAUUUUAAUUCAAGUGUUCAAUAUAACUUGACCCUAUUACCUUUGGUUAAUAUUAUAAUUCGGGGUUAAGUUCUUAAAUAAUGAAGUUUUUGAAAAAAAAAUGAUAUUUUAGAGUAGUUCAAAAAUUAUUUUAAAAAAUUUCAAAUAAGUGGCUUUAGCCAUCACAACUUAAACUUGUUCUUCCUUAAAGGGAAAAAAAAUGAGCUUGUUCCCUUCAAGUUUUGUAUGGCUUACAUGAUACUUAUUGACCAUUAGAACUAUCUAUUGUAGUUUUGAUGAUGAAUUUAUACGACAACCUGAUCAUAAUCUAAUAACUUAAUAUAUAUACACUAGACUUGUUUCUAACCUUUUUUUUUCUUCUACAACAUGUAGGGUGGGAGAUUGUACCCCAAACUUUAAGAGUAAUAAUCAAGUUUAUACUAAUCAAGUUAUGCUAAAGUUGACACUUUGUUUCUAAUAAUUGAUGAAAUAAAUUUGGAAUGUAUACUAACAUGUGAACAUGAUUUCAAGUCUUACAUAUUAGAGAUAUGCAUGUGACAAGUAGAUAUUAGACAAAAUAUAUAUACAGAAAUGCCCAAAACAAUUAGUUGUUGUCCUAGGGACGUGACUUUUUAAGUUUUCUUUAGUUGUUUUGUUCUUAAAAAAAAUAAUUAAAGUUAAAAGGACCAAAAUAGUGUAUUUAAAUAUGGCAUUAAUUAAUGAAGAAUGCCCCAGUCCAAUUAUAAACAGACUAAUUAAAUGAUUAAGGAAGGCAAGCAGCAGGCAUAAAUCCAUCCUAAUCCUAACAGAACAAAAGUAGGCAGCAAGGACGGUGAUACUUUACUUUUAUGGAAGCAGACUAAUAAUAAUAAUUUUAAAAAAUAUAUUAAUAUUUGAACUUUGUUCAAGUAUAAAAAAAAUGAACCAAAAUGUUUAUAAAUAUAUCAAAAUAUCACAAUUCAUAUGUAAUAGACCGUAAUAGACUACUAUUUGUGUCUGUAUUAUGAUUAGACAUAAAUAGUGAUAUAGAUAGAAAACAAACUGUGAUAUUUUACUAUUAUUUUAUAAAUAUUUUUGACGAUUUUAUCAUUUAAAAUAAUAUUACUUAAUAUUUUGGUUCCAUUUCAAAAAAGAGCUUUUUUUCUAUUGUUAUGUAGUCUCCUUCUAAUAAGCCAUUGAGAAAGAAUUGGGUAAGUAAAUGGGCAAUUUCACGCUGCUGCCCCGUCUUUUCAGCCUCCAACCCACGCCCUUUCCUUCCUUUUACUAUUAUUAAUCUUUUGCUUUCUUCAUCUUUCAAACUCUACAUAAAUACCCAUCCCUUUCUUCCUCUGCUUUCUAAAUUCAUCACUUACCCUUUCAUUUAAAACAUAAAUUUAUCACUCUCCUCAAAUCUUUAUAUUCAACCUAAAUUAUUUAUUAAAUGUUUAACCUUUUAAAAUUUUAAGUGACCAAAUAGAAAUAAAUUCAAAACUUAAUAACUACAAUGUAUUUUCUCCUUUUUUUUUUAGACAUAAAUUUAUAAAACUCAACCCAACCUAACGGCCAAACAACAUUCCUUCCUGAGGAUGGGGGAUAAAACAUAGGGAGGAAAGAAAUCUCCCCAAAAUAAAAAGACCCAAAUACCAAAGCUACGAGAUCAUGGACAACUAUUUUCUCCUCUCUAAGGAUUUUACAAAAAAAAUAUGAACAAGAUAGAGAGCCUCCUCAAAAAUUAAAUUAAAUUAAAUUAACUAACGAGCAAGAUUUGUACUUUUCCCCCUUUUUUGACCAUGGACAAAGUUAAUACUGUAUUUUUUGCAAUUUAUAGCCUAAAUCUUAGGCCAACUUAUUUGAUAUUAUGAUUUAAAAUAGAAAUCUACUUUGAAUUUGUAUUGAAUACGUAGAUAUUUAACCAUCAGAAUGAAAACAAAUUCUAAUAUAGAACAGGACUUUAAACCAAACCGAUUCUAAUUUGUUCUGCUGCCAUUGUCUGCCAUCUUCCGAACUGAUAGAUUUUCUCUAUCCAAAAAAAUAUAAUUAAAAAGAGAGAGAGAAACAAAUUUGAAGAUACAGCAAUGAAAGGAAGGUGGGAAGAUGUUGUGUUUGAUUUGAUGCCACUCUCUCUCUCUCUCUCUCUCUCUCUCUCUGAGUGUAAUGUAAAAACCAAGGCAAAGACAUAGCUCAAUUUCCCUCUCUCCUCCCUCCUUCCUGAUUACCUACUACUGAAAACUCCAUUCUAUCCCACCACCAUUCCAUUUUCUUCUUCUCCCUUUCUCUUAACUCCUUUAAUCUAAGGAGAAAGCCUAGAAUCUAAGCUUAGGCAGGAUUUCCAUCAACAAUUCUCAGCCUUCUACAUUGGGAGUUUUUUUACUUGGCUGCACUAAAUGUCGGUUCAUCUGGGGAGAGGAAGUCCAGAAACUACAUACAUUGUUUUCAUUUUUCGACUCAUCCAGUAACAGAGUCUGCGACAUUGACUGGAAGCAUUCACUUGGCUGCAAGUACAACUUACACUACAAGAAAAUUCAUUUUCAGUGACGCGUAAAACGUAUUGCUAAAAGCCAAAAACCUCCACUAAAAGUAUUAACGACGAGUAGAAGCGCAUCGCUAUAUACGUCGCAGUAGCCACAUAGUCCUAAGAAAUGGCGCCUGAUCUAAACACAACACUUUCCAAAAAGACAUUUGUUUUUGGUAUGAAGGUAUGGGUGUUUACUGGAAUUCUAGUGGGGGUGGCUAUUGUAAUUGUUCUUGUGGUGUUAUCAAUAUGUGUUACUUCACGGAGAAAGUCCAGAAGGGUAAGUCGCAUGCUUCCCCUAAACCGUAUUUCCAUUGCAUCUAAGGAAAUCAAGGAGAUUGGAGUGGAUCAAGUUACACCAAUCCAACAUGGCUCCCUCCCCCAAGACGGAUUCGACACGGAAUCAGAAAAAGUUCUUCUAUAUUCAAACAAGGCAUAUGAUUACAGCGUAUCAGGCUCAGUUGAUCACACAGAGAUAUAUGCUAUUGGCUCUGGAGAAGGAAGCAAGGAAGCAAGUGUUUUGCAUAGACCCUCAGAUUCAAUACCACCGGAUCCUUCACCACUUGCUGGUCUCCCAGAAUUCUCACAACUGGGAUGGGGUCACUGGUUCACCUUAAGAGACCUGGAACUUGCAACCAUGCAUUUUUCAAACGAUAAUAUAAUUGGGGAGGGAGGAUAUGGAGUUGUUUAUCGAGGCCAUCUUAUCAAUGGGACACCUGUGGCUGUCAAAAAGCUUUUAAGUUUAGGACAAGCAGAAAGGGAAUUCAGAGUGGAAGUAGAAGCAUUUGGGCAUGUGCGGCAUAAGAACUUAGUUCGGCUGCUGGGAUACUGCAUUGAAGGAACCCACAGGAUACUAGUAUAUGAGUAUGUGGAUAAUGGAAAUCUAGAGCAGUGGCUUCACGGAGCUCUAUGUGAACAUGGAUAUCUCACUUGGGAAGCAAGAAUCAAAAUUCUCCUUGGUACUGCUAAGGCGCUGGCAUAUUUGCAUGAAGCAAUCGAGCCAAAAAUCGUGCAUCGAGAUAUCAAGGCAAGCAACAUAUUGAUUGAUGAUGAGUUUAAUGCAAAGCUAUCAGACUUUGGGCUGGCCAAAUUACUCGGUGCUGGGAAGAGUCACAUUACCACCAGAGUUAUGGGUACGUUUGGAUAUGUGGCACCAGAAUAUGCCAAAUCUGGGCUUCUAAAUGAGAAGAGUGAUGUUUAUAGUUUUGGAGUGGUACUUUUGGAAGCAAUUACUGGAAGAGACCCUGUUGAUUAUGGUCGCCCAACACAUGAGGUAAAUUUGGUGGAUUGGCUAAAGAUGAUGGUAGGAAGCAAACGGUCAGAAGAGGUGGUAGAUCCAAAUAUAGAGAGAAAGCCAUCAAUUAGUGAACUGAAGCGAGUUCUUUUGACUGCUUUGAGGUGUGUGGAUCCAGAUGCUGAUAAAAGGCCUAAGAUGAGCCAAGUUUCCCGAAUGCUCGAGUCUGAAGAAUAUCCAAUUCCUCGACAGGACCGGAGACCCAGAAAGGGCCAUGCUAUAACGACCAAAAAGGAAGCUGAAAAACAUGAGAGAGGACCCAGACGACAAAGAUAAGAUACAGACAAUGAGACUUUCAAAUAUGAAAGAAAGAAUAGAUCCAUAAAAAAGAAGCAUGUAAGUUUCACAUUUCCAAAUUCUCUGCGGAGGUUGGUCACUCCAGUAGAGUGAGCAGGGAAGAGAAAUGAUAUGGUGGUGCUCCAUAUCAUUGUUUUAAUGUACAGUUCCAUCUUUGCAUUGGUGGCCUUGAAACAGGUCCAAAGCUUUUGUAACUUUUUUUUUUCGUUGGGGCGGCAUUAUCUCCUCACUUUACCAUUCGGGUAUUGAAUGGUUAAUGUUCAUGAGGAUCAAUACUAAAAAAAAUUUUCAGAUGUAGUAUAGUCUAAGUUAGAUCACAUUACUAGUCUUCAUACUUGGGCUCUUUAAUGUUUUCUUUAAUACAUUUCUUUUUUGCAAUAUAAUGAUCUGGCCAUCUGGGCUUUGAAUUCUU